GAUCAUCAGUCUCGCGCGAUCGAGCCGUGCAGCGUGGUGGACAUGUAUGGAAACUGGAGACGUGUGUCUGAUGAAAGCUUAUAUAUAGUGUAGAAAGGGUAGCAUAGUGCACGGCUGCAAAGAGCAGAUGAUGUGUUGACUCCGCCAUAUUGAUUCCAAUAUCUCGUGCGUUACGUUAUUUAUUUUCUCGCGGAGUCAGAGAAUCAUUUCUUGAUAGAAAAUGAUCGAGCAAGCGAAAACUGACGUAACUUCGAGCACGAAAGCAACCGAUUUGGAGUUUGCAGCUCCGGACAAGCAAAAAGCUCGUGCAUUUUUACGUGAACGUUUCCUGCGCGUUCUAACUGGCAUUGUCGGUAAACAAGUGGAAUUUUAUUUACAUGAAAACACUCGUGUAUUGGGUGAAUUCAAAGGCUGCGAUGUGGAAUGUUCCGAGAUUUUCGUGAGGAAUUUGAAAACACCAUUGGGGACGAUACCGGAAGCUAUUCUGCGAAGUGGUGAUAUUAUCUAUUUAGAUAUAGGCAACAUUAAUAUUGAUCAAUGAAAAAGGUAUGUACAAAAAAGAGCAGGUAAAUGUUACAAUAAUAUCAUUAAAGACAUUACUGUGUAAGAAAAUCUGCAUUUUAUUGUUAAAUGCAUUUUUGUAACUGUUUGCCGAAACAGUUAUCUCACAUAUUAUAUAGAUAAACAUUUUAAUAUAUCUAAGAGCGACGCAUAUUUAACAUCGUAUUUAUUUCUGAGAUAAUGCGCCUUAAGUGAUCGAUUAUUUCCUUAAUGUGCCUAUUUUUUAAUAUCACUUGCUGUAAAAAAAAUAAAUUUUUAUUAAAA